AGGAGCUCAUUUGUCUCACCUUGUUCCUCUGCCUCCUUAGUUUCCGAUGUUCAAUCCUCUUUCUUCUGCUCUCCUCGUCCAUUGGCCUCUUUCUCUUCAUUGUAGAGCCAAUUCCGUCCACUUCUUCUCCUGUCCCAUCCCCUCCCUCCUCAACCAAUGGCUGACUGUUGCUAGCCUUCACCCACCGAUUGCCUUUCUUGAUUCUGGAGUAGACAUUCUUCCCCUUUUUCAUACUUUUCACGUCCUUCCCUCCCUCAUCCUCCUCCCUAAACUCCACACCAGGUCCACCGCCACUGUCUCCACCAAGUUUCCCACUAUCCCCAGCCUCACACUCACCACUCCCACUCUCCCCACCAGACCCCAUCUCACCCUGGUCACUGAGACUACUGUCAGAAUCCGAGUGUCUCAGCAGGUGCACCCUGUCCUCACUCACCCCCUUCCUCCUCUUCUUUUUCCCGAGUUUCUUUAGCAAGCGUUCCGACUUCCUCUUUUUUCCCCUUGUCAAAGGUUUUUUGCUGCUUUCUGAAGUUCUUACGCUACCUUGUGAUUGCCCUGUUAGCUUUUUCUUGGAUUUGAGGCGGGAUUCUGAACCAUUUGCACUUUCCGACAGAGAUUCGCUGGGCUCAGUUUGAUCGAUCAGUGUGACGUGGUCAUCAAAUGUUCCAUUGGAAGAUGCUUUUCCUGUAAGUCUCUUGAGCUUUGUUUUAGCCUUUUUAGUAACCUUUGGGCCCAGUUUUCUCUUCUGUGUCACCUUCAAGUCGUCGUUUUCCCUCGCUAUGUCGCCGUUUUCACUCCGUUUUUGGUUGGAGUGUUCUCCGCUUAGCUUCUCCCAUGGCGUAGCUGGAAGAGGCUCUUUCUUCUUGCCCCUGCGGGCUGUGCGAGUCAUGAAGAAGCCUGUACACAAGCACAGAGGGAGGGAGCUAGCUUUUAGAGUGCGCUCACGUGUCAAGGUCGGAAGGUCAAGGAGGAGCGCUCUAAAUAGAGAUUCAUACGCUUCGAAUAUGACUUCUCCCUACGUGGAUAGCUGGGAAGAAUUCGCCAAGGCGGCAGAGAGGAUUUACUCACAGAGUCCAUGGAAGACCAGAUUUUGUGUCAAGUACAGGCACUGCGACGGGGCUCUGGUGCUGAAGAUAACGGACGACAAGACUUGUGUCAAGUACCAGACAGACCAGCUACAGGAUGUGAAGAAGCUGGAGAAACUGAACAGUGUCCUAAUGAGAAACAUGGUCGCAAGGUCAUAGGUCGUUCACUUCCAGUUCUCUCAUUAUCAUCCCUGUUUCAUUAUCAUGGCCCUUGUGUUAAUUUUCAACACCCAAUGGUAUUUCACACAUGGUCUAUUGUUACAUGGUAAUACACAAUACUUCUUCAUAGUUUGUUGUACUGCAAAAAUGGUCAUUAAUUUUAUAUGCACAUGUAUAUACGUCAGAAAAGGAUGUUGCAUGAAACCAGACACACCUACAUGUGGAUUAUUGCACACAUUAUACAUAUA